GUUAUCUGCUGACUGUAAUGUCAACAGUACCUGAGCAUCCAAUAUCCUGUGUGUGUGUGUGUGUGUGUCCUGUCAUCAUCAUCUCAGCAGGUGACUGACAGGUGCACCAUGGCAACGCUGCCUCUGGAGACACACACACACACACACACACACACACACACACACACACACAGAGGCUCAGCAGGACACGCCUCCCUCAGUCCGUCCUCAGACUCAGAGCUGAUCAGACUGAUGGUCUCAGAUCAGAUUUAAACGACAACUGUGAAGAUCAAAGAAAUCAUCAAUCGACAGCAGCAACAUCUGCCGAUCAUCUGGUUUGACCUUUGACCUCUGAUUGGCUGUUGGGCUCUGUUGCCUCUGAAAAACGAGAGGAUUCAUGAUGUGACUUGUUCCCAGGACUUCCUCAGACUGUGGUUCCUCUGCUGGAUUCUCCCUUUCCUGGACAGGUUCAGACUCAAAGCUGAUCACAUCUCCGUGGUGACAGAGAUCAAACCGGCCGGUCUGUUUAUAUCAGAACAACACAGGUCUGUUGUUACUGUCAGGUUUCUAAGGACACAUUCUGAAACGAUCGGCCUGGACGAGCUGCAGUGAAGAGGCGAGCAGCAGCUGUAACAGAUCUGCUGUUCUUCUGUGACUCAUCUAACCUUAAACCAUGCUGAUCACAUCUCUGUGGUGACUGAGGUCUGUUUAUACCAGGUCUGGACCUCAGGCGUCCACAGUCCGGUGUCGUCAGCGUCGGGUUCAGACGACCUGAUUCGAAGAGAUUUGAACUUCGUCUUGGAGCCAAAGGAAGCACUUCACUCCUGAAACAGCAGUGAGACUCAUAACCUCAGGUUUCUCUCAACAGUCGUCAAGCGUUGAAAAGUAAUUAUAUGAUUUUAAUUGUUUCACAAGCUGCAACAGCAGAAAUAAGGAUAAGAAAUCUGAGAAACAAGUUUGAAUAGAAACUUUGAUGUCAGUUUCUCCACAGAGCGCUGAGCAGGAGGUGGAGGACAUUUCACUCGUCUACUUUCUGCAUGUUUAUGAAGGAGAUCUGUUGUCCAGGAUAUCUUCACAUGUUCAGAGCAAGACGAACAUUAUCACCACACGUCUUUGCUGCAGUUUCACCUCCUGCCUUUUACUGUUCCAUCCAGGUGAAUUAUUGUAUUUCCUGCCUGAGGUGUGACAGGUAUCAUUACCAAACACUCUCCAUUAAAUGUGACUAAAUGAAUCUCAACAAACUAACACUGGGAUCCAUCUUUAUUUCUGUUUCUCUCCAGAUGUGACUGUGGUCAGUUGCUCCCAGCCUGACGAGCAGGACGCAAAUCACACAGAUUAUCAAAUUACCUCUCGUUUCUAGAGCUUUCACCCAUAUCUCAUGGCCUUCUUCAGUAGAUGGAGUUGAUCAGUUGUCGUGGAGAUAGUCCGGUUGUUAAAAUGUGAUUACACAUGUUGACUUGAAAGUUGGGAGUUUUCUCAGAGCAGCACCUGGUGGACAUUAGAGGAACUGCAGCACAACGGUUUCCUGCUGCUUCUGGACAGUAAGGUUGUAUAAAAGAGUCCUCUCAUGUCCCGUUUGAGCUGUGACGUAAUCAGUGACACACUUCCUGUCCUGUGAAGAUGGUGAACGCUCUGAGGACGCUGUACGCCGCUCUGAUGGCUCUGUCCAGCAUGGCCUCCGUCUGUGGGAACCUCCUCCUCCUGGUUGUGCUCCUCCUGAACAAGGAGCUUCGGUCCGACACGCUGGGCCUUGUCCUGAGCUUCAGCCUCAGCGACCUGGCCCUUGGACUCUCCACCAUCCCCUUCGGAGCCCACAACAGCCUCUCCCAGCCCUCUGGAUAUCCCAGCGAGGGCGCCUUCUGUCAGGGCAACGGCUUCAUCUUCCUCCUCCUGCAGACUUCCUCCAUCCACUCGCUCACCUGGGCGACUGUGGACAAGUUCACGGAGAUCUGCUUCGCCCUCAGCUACCGCAGCAUCUGGACGGCCGGCCGGAGCCGGGUGGUGCUGGUCCUGGUCUGGCUGUUCUGUCUGGUCGCCGCCACCCUGCCCCUGCUGGGGUUCGGCAGCUACGUCUACAGCGAGUCGAGGUUCCUCUGCUGUCCCAGCUUCACACCUGAGAACAGGUACUUUGUGGUGCUGUGGAUGCUGCUGGGAAUCGUGGCACCGAUCUUCACCAUGUGCUCUCUGUAUGGAUACAUCGUCUACGUGGCCAGGAAACAGGCCCGGAGGGGAACCUUCAUGUGCAAUGAGCUGCACUGCUUCUAUGUCCCUGCCAACAAUUACCUGAGGAGCUCCAUUGUCAUGGUUACAACCUCAGUGUGUUUGCUGGUCUGCUGGCUGCCAUACAUCUCAGUGUGUUUGUAUGAGACGUUCAGCGGUCAGCAGAGUCCGGCUGUGACCUCCGCCCUCUCUGCCUGGCUGGUUCUGACCAGCGCUGCCCUCAACCCCUGGAUCACCUGCAUGACGCAGACGUACGUAAGACUCAGCAAAUGCAAAGGCUGUAAACAGUCUAUGCUGCUUCAUGUGAGGUGGUUCCAUCACAGAGUAUUAGUUAGAUUUGCUGUGAAAGAACCAUUCAAACUCCCGUCUGUCUGUUCAUGUGUCUCCAGUAGGUACAGGGCAGCAGUGCGUCAGAGCAUCGGCAGGUUUAUUCGAAGGUGUCCAUGUUCUGGGACAUGCCCACAGAGCUCCACCCUCCACCUGCACACAACCAAUUGCAUCAGCGUGACGACGACGUCAACACGUCCUCUGUCAUCUCCAAAAACACCGGUACCAACAGCACCAUGACCAAUGUGAUCCACAGCCACCACUGUGACAUCUUCAUUAGACAGAAACACCUGCCGUAUCUACAGGAACAGGCCGAACUGUGACCGUUAGAGUGCAUUUUAGGAAAUAUAGUUCCUCCUUCCAUUUUUAGUUCAUUUGAUUUAAAGACAAUCCUUCUCCACUACAUUCAAAAAAUUGAUUCCAGAGGAGAUAACAAAGACAGUUAGCUGACACCUGCAUCUUCUCCUCUGAAGUUAAUACUCUCUUUACUUUCACACCUCCACCCACCUGGAUCAACACUGCAUCAACCCCAACCCCUACAUUUCAGCUUCAGAGAGGAUAUUUCACACACUGUUCAAUAAUGACAGACUUAGUGAAACUAUUGUAAUAAAGUGACUAUUGAUGUAAUUUAUUGAAUCAAAAUGUGGAUUUAAUGUUAAGUUACUGGUGAAUCUCACUGUGACCAACUGGAGCUGUAAAAGCCAAAUAAAUCUCAACCACAGCAGUUUAACAUGUAAGGAAACUGAAAACUCAGGUUGUAAUAAGUAUUUAUAUAAUAAUAAUCACAAUAAAUGGAUAUAACAUGGUCUCACAUGGUGUCAGUCAACAUGGUGCUUUUUUGUCUCGAUUGUUCAGAUAAAUUUUAAAAACCUUUAUCAUUUCCUACUCCUUCUGUUUAUGUGCAAAUUACUGUUCCCAGAACUCUGAGUCCAGACCUCUAUGAGUCCAGACCUCUACAGGUCCAGACCUCUGUGAGUCCAGACCUGUGUGAGUCCAGACCUCUACAACGAGUCCCCAGAUCUUCGCAGAUUUUCCUUUCCUGCUCCCUCUGUUGAUGUGUAAACUGAGGUUUGUUUAUAUUGUGAUUUUCUAUUCAUUAACCAUUUGUUUAUUAUCAGUAUUGUCAAUCACUGAGCAGCUUCAGACUGAUCUCAGAGCAGCUGUUGACCUGUAAUAAACCAAACUUGAGUCUGUAUACACGUCAGAGGUCAGGUGA